AUGUCCUUGAAUGUCGAUACAGCAAUGGAAGGCCCCAUAGGCUUAUCAUCGUUGGAAGAGCGAUGGAACAAUGCCAGCUUUGAUGAACUUUGGGAUUUUGAAAAUGACGCAGAAUUCGAUGCGGGUUCUCUCUUUUUGGCGAAUCCCACUGCCCUCUCAGAAUCGGCCGCUGUGAAUGCCGAGGCAUCCGAAGCGACCACAGUAGCGAAGGAUCAUGUCACAAAGGAAACAACGGCUCCAACCACCAAGAACAACACUGGAAAGGAAGAGAAACGCGAAGACAGUGUGGCAACUCCCGAGGCAACGGGCAGUAGCACAACAGCCAAGCAAAUCAUUCCCAACAAGAUGGACGCAGUCUUUGGACGUGGCAGAAAGAGAGAACAUGUUCGAAAUGGGUCCUUGUAUCGCGCCUUGAUUGAAAAACACUAUGUGCCGUAUAGCCAAUUGGACAAAAAGAACUUUGCUCGUCGUCGCAGAUACGUCCAACAGAACAUUCUAGACAUUAUUCUGAAAAACAAGGGUCGCUUCAUCAUGCGGCAGGGAUGUGCGCCUCUUGGAUCCCUCGAAAUGCGCCUCUUGGAUCCCACUGACAAAAAGGAUACGAGGCUGAUCUUCAAGAAAGUACAGAGAAGUCUAUUCAAUGAGAAAAAACGACGUCAGGCUAAGGGUGAGGACGUGGACGCCGCAUCCGCAUUAUUGGAAUCGACGGGAGACGACGCUUCCGAGAGCACAGUUCAUUCCACCAAAGACGAAUUCGAAGACGCCCCCCCGCCUGACGAAGUCCCAACAGAGGAAACAACAGAGGAAAAAGAGCCAAUCCAAGGUGAAGGUCUCGCGGGUGAUAUUCAACCCCAUUCUUUUGGAAACACAUCAUUCGACGCUCCUACCUGUGAACGAGAAAAUGGAAACGCGGAUGGUGAUACGACGAACCUUGAACCCCAAGUACAGGAACAGAGUCAUGAUCACAUCGAGACUCAUGGUGGUCAAUACGGCAAUAGCGUGGACUUGUCCCCAUCCAAAAAACAAGAACCGAGUGCCCAAGCCGCGGUCGUCGCAGAAGCAACCAUCGUUUCAAAACCAACUGCAAAAUAUCCUCCGGGCACCAAAGUGCACAAGGAGUUCCCUCCCUUUGGGUGGUACAGUGGACAAGUCGUUUCCUUUGAUGGACAAACUUACAAAGUCGUUUACGAAGACGAUGAUAGCGAAUAUCUCAACGAAACAGAUUUGGAUAUCAUUAUUGCUGCCAGUAGUACAGGAUAA